AUGAUGUUUACCGUAGGAAACAAUCUGAAAGACAGUACGAGGCAAGGAUGGAGAAAGGGGAAUUUUCAGAAAGCUGAAACUCUUCAAGGGGGAGCUCCUGAGUGCUUUAACUGUACAAGUGCCAAAGCCACAGCACUGCCACGUUGAAGGUGGGGGAAGAUGUUGGCUCUGCAAGAUGAAAUGUGAUCCACACAUGUGUAAUAGACUCAGAUGGUUCUUCCAUAUCUGUAAUAUUUGUAUUUAAAUGAAGUGAAAAUUUCGUUGUAUUUGGGCCUCUGCCCCUAAUUUAAUGCUUGCUUAGUGCUUUUAAAUAAAGUAAACUGAGUAAACAGUC